AUGGACCGUCUCUUCGCUCCGCUUAACCGCCUUUCCUGGUUUCUGUUCUUCCUGACGACUCUCUUCUACGGUUCCUACGCGCAGCCCGCCACCGUGCCCUUUCAUGACUGCUUCUCCGGCAACCACGACGUCAAGCUCAAUGUCUCGACGGUAUAUGCGCAGUUGUUGCAGAAUGACUCCCUGGGGAAGUAUCUGAAUGUGACCGUGCUGGGGGAGAGCCCGCAGAAUAUCUCUGGUCGGGCUGAUGGGAGCAAUAAUCUUGCUACGCUAUUCACCGACACCGAAAUGCUUACAUUCGCGGUGUUCGACAAUAGCUCGUAUCUAUGUAGCACCAUCCAGCCGCCGUCUCCUGUGUACGACCAGGUCAACCCGUACGAUAGAUACUGCCCCCUCCCCGCAGGUCCAUUCGCACUAGCCACCACGGUCACAUUAAACCGCCAGUCCUACGAGCUCGUUACGCUUGACACCCGAAUCAAGGCCGUCGAUCCUUUCAGCAAUGAGAUCCUCUGCGUCGACGUCUACGUUACGCCCCUCAGCCCAGGUGUAAUGGGCUACGUCUAUGGCCAUGCGAUCGUCGUGUUCUGGUUCACCGUCGCGCUUACGAUUGCAUAUUGGGUCGUCGUCGGCCUCGCCAGGAUAGUAUCUGCAUGGGGAAGAGGUGCCUCUCGCAUGGGUCCGGGCCUCUGGUCUCGGGCGGAAAGUCUGGGGUUCAUCCUAGCUAGUGCGAUCAGUGGUGAACGUUUGGCGAAGUCUCCAGCACUCAUGAGAUUCGGUACUCCGUCAAUGAGGGACAUCAUAUUCCAUACGCAGUGGUCCGCAGCGCUAGCCAUGGUCGCUGUCCAAUGGCCUUCCUUCGUCUAUCCCUUGCUCUCUCAAACUGCUUGGUCUAUGCUCUCAUAUAACAUGACACUAACUCAGGGUGGCGCAAACGACGAUUCACUCCUGUGGAAUCCGCUCUCCGUCCCGCCCUUCAAUCCACCCUCCAAUUUUGCCGACCAGCUGUCCGAUCCCAACAGUGUCCUGUACAUCGACACUUCCGUCUCCAACACCAUCUUCAGCCUCCCACCGGGCGCAUCGAACGGCAUCGAGUCCUUCGCCUACACAGUCGGCCUGCGCCCCCGCGACCUCUUCGGCAUCUGCCUCGCCCUCUUCCUCGCCAUCAUCGCCGCGACAAUCGUGCUCUCCCUGCUCGUCUGGUUCAUCGACUGGCUCGCGUCCCUCCUCUCCGGCACAAUCACGCUCGGCCGGCCGCCCUCUCGCCUCGGCCUCGCCACGGGCACACGCAGCCCGCGCUACUCGGCGGGGAGCAAGGACCUGCUCGACGGCGUGGGCACGACGGGGAGCCCCGCCGAGGAGGACAAGUCCCUCAACGGGCACUUCAUCCUGCGCGCGGCCACGAAGAUCCCGAUGGCAGGCAAGAGCUGGUGGAAGCUGCGCCCCGGCCCGAACUCGUUCCACUGGAGCGUGCUGCACGGGAACCUCGUGCGCAUCCUCAUCCUGUUCCACCUGCCCAUCACGAUCUUCUCGUGCUACCAGAUGACGCUCGGGCGCGGGCACGCGAGCCUGGCGUCGAUCGUGCUCGCGGCGCUGUCGUUCGCGGUGUUCUCGGUCAUCAUUCCCUUCUUCCUCGUCAUACGGUUGACGCUCACGAGCACGAAUAAGCUGUACGACGAGACGCGCACGCUGCUCAGUUUUGGACCGCUGUAUAACCAUUAUCGGCACGGGAGCCAGUUGUUUGCGUGCUUGCUGUUCGCGACGAACUUAGUGUUUGGAGUCACUAUUGGGUGUGGCCAGAAGAGCGGGACGGCGCAGGCGAUUAUCAUCCUGGUUGUAGAGCUUGGGACGGCACUCGCUACAAGCUUGUGGCUGCCCUGGGGCCAAGGAGCUAGUAUGGGUUUGAUCAGCUUCUUGUUCUGCGUCGCCAGGAUUGUCAUUGCUGUUUUACUCGUCAUAUUAACGCCCACGGUAUCCAUAGGUGAACCAGCAGGAGCAUGGGUAUCAUAUGCGAUCCUGUUCAUCCUGGGCCUGAUAUACUUGGCAUACCUUCUGAUGCUGAUCGUCAAACUUAUCGAGGCUGCCGUCCGUAUAUUCGGCGGCGUGGGCUUUGACAGGAGCAGGCACGUCGUCGACAGCGGGCUCUUCGGGGCUUGCGGGCUGCUGGGCUGCUGUGGCUCCAGGCGGGGCGGCCAUCGCUCGCGCAGGCGGACACACUACCGCGCAGCGGAAAUACCCCAGCAGCAACCGGAAUUUGCGCUGUCGCGGCCGCAGAAGUUGGCUACACCGAGCCAAAGUCACUCCGCCCCACCGUCGGUCCUCCGGCCCGAGCAAGCCCUCCGACCGUACCGGGAGGACAGCGACGAUGAAAGUGGGUUCAUCAUGGGAUCGUGGCAGCCCUUCCCCAGGCCGGGGUAUAGUCCGGUGGAUAACCAAGCUCCGUCCCUUCCCGAGACGUCGACGAACAAGUCUGGGUUUACGAGGGUCGGCGGGGGACGCGCACACUACGAUAAUCCUUACGACAUCGCUUCUGGCUCUACUGUUUCGUUCCCGUCCGUGGAUAGGAGAGCUGGCUCGUCGCAUACCCUCGGGACACCUAGGCUGAGACCCGAGGAUGACGACUCACCACCGCCCACACCAAGUAUCGCGAGCCAACCGCGACAAGCCGUCGCACUCCCACCCGUGUCAAAUCUGCCGCCUGGCGCGAUGCCCCCAGCGCACGUCCGGACGAAGUCCCAGACUGCUAUCAUCGAAGACGCUUCUUCGUACUUCAACCCAUCGGCGUCUUCUGCGCCGAUGCUGGGCAGUCUGAGCGCGGCAGUGGAGAACAGUAGAUUACAGCCGGAGCCGCAGCGUGCUACGCACGAACAAGAGCAGACGGUGGACGACGAUUGGACUUCCGAGAUGAUCCAGCCCAAGAAGAAACACUGGUUCAACCUCCGUAAACCUAGGCGGUACAGCGAGGGUAACCCGCUGCAGCUAGAUGAGAGCGCUCCGGAUGAGCAGCCACAGGCGUCAGGCAAGUCGUUUGUGGUUAUCAGGGACCGCAAACCCGCCGGGAGAGCAAGUGAAGAGCCGAGAUCAAGGAGGUCAGAGAGUGGAAUACCGUCGUCGGACGACGCAGAACGGCCGAAGUCGUUUGUUGUCUUACGAGGUAAUAACAAUAGUUCGGGAGAGCCGAGUGGGUCUGGACAGUCAUGAUUAUGCUUGAGUUACGGACUCUCCGAGAGCAUACCCUGCUCAUGUUGUACAGCAUACUAUUUUAAUUAUACCGGAAUAGUUCGACCAUCAUGGAUUGUGUGCUCUUACAUAUACUAUACAUACCGACGUGCUGUAUCCAAACCUCAAUAUUCACUAGAUUCUUCGUCGUCGAUUACACUUCCGGUACCG